AUGAGCGCCUUUAUUAAUCCCUUCCGGGGCUUAAAGGCACAAAGUAAAAAAAAUAGAAAGAAACUGAGCAGGAUUAGCAGCAGUUCCAUAAUUUCCACUCCUCGGAGGCGGUUCAGGAGUGCAGCCUCAGCUGCCAGGUUUACCAUCUUCAGAGCCAACAGAGCUGGCAAGCUGCGAGCCAAGUCAUUCGCCAAGAAAGAAAAGAAAGCUACUCAGACCCUCGCCAUUGUUUUAGGCGUUUUCCUCUUCUGUUGGGCUCCAUUCUUCAGCUGCUCGGUCCUGGACGCCAUGUGCUCCAAAUUUGGUCUUCCCUACUCCCCUGGUGUGACGGUGUUCAUCCUAACCACGUGGCUGGGCUACAUCAACUCGUUUCUCAACCCCGUCAUCUACACCAUCUUCAACCCUGAGUUCAGGAAGGCGUUUAGGAAAAUACUCCAUUGCGGCACCUAGCCUUUAGAUUACUACGUAGUUUACGACUAAACUUGUGUUUGGACUCGCUCAAGAAUAACCUAGCAACUGCAAAAACCUG